AUGCCUCUACUUAAUUUUGUCGCUGACGAUUAUACCGAAUUAGUAGACUGGAAGAAAUGUGAAAUAACUGAGCCGAAAAUGUUAUCGAUGAUUGAAAAUGAAGCAUUGAAACGAGCAAUAUAUUAUUAUUUUACUAAGUCUUUUGUUCAAUUUAAAUACGAAUUUGUCGUUUCUUCCAGAUUUUUAUGUCCGAACAACGUUACUGAGUGCAUCGAUAUAUUUCCAUGUCACACUCAAUAUGCUGAAAGAGCUGUUUAG